AUGGCAGGCACACGGAAUUACGACUUCUUAAUAAAACUGCUCCUGAUCGGUGACUCGGGCGUCGGCAAGUCAUGCUGCUUGCUGCGAUUCAGCGAGGACAGUUUCACGCCCAGCUUCAUCACCACCAUCGGCAUCGACUUCAAGAUCCGAACGAUCGACCUGGAUGGCAAAAGGGUAAAACUACAAAUAUGGGACACUGCAGGGCAAGAAAGAUUCAGAACCAUCACAACGGCAUAUUACCGGGGCGCCAUGGGCAUUUUGCUGGUCUACGACGUGACGGACGAGAAGAGCUUCAAUAACAUAAGGACAUGGUUUUCCAACGUCGAGCAGCACGCCAGCGAAGGUGUCAACAAGAUUCUGAUCGGGAACAAGUGCGAUUGGGAAGAGAAGCGAGCGGUGACGACGGAACAAGGACAAGCACUGGCCGACGAGCUGGGCAUUCCCUUCCUCGAGGUUUCGGCCAAGUCGAACAUCAACAUCGAGAAAGCCUUCUACUCGUUAGCCUCGGAUAUCAAGAAGCGAUUGAUUGACAGUUCGAAAGAAACCGGCUCCGGAGGCGGGGCUCAAUCUGGUCCCGGCGGUGUCAACGUCGCACAAAACCAGUCCGGAGGUGUGGGUGGCAAGUGCUGCUAA